CGAAGUUAUAUACUUUGUUUAUGUAUUUGGGCAGGUAUUUAGAAUGAUUAUGAGUAUUAGCAUUGUUUAUAUUGAAACAAGAUAAUACAAAUCUUCAUUGCAGCAUUUCCUCACUGUUUUUUCUCUACUUCUAGAAGCUGGAAAUAUGCUAAUUUAUAUUCUGUUCAGUUAGAACAUUUUACUAUUUGAACACCCGUUCCCCCCCUCCUUUUUUUUUUGUCCACCGGAUGCAUUGGAGAUCCGUUAAUGUCUUCCUGUGUUUACAAAGCAUCCUAUGCCGUUGCAAUUCAACAGCACCGCUAAGGUGGAAGACAGGCCCUGCACCUUUCUUAGCAACAUUUUCCUGCUCUCAUGGCCCAAGGCGGAUGUAACCUGGUUUCCAUGGGCUACAGUCCUGGGCCUCUGCUAGCCAUCUGCCAGCGAAUGCCAUGCUGAGACACAGCACAGCGCCAUGUUUGCAAGAGCUCGUCAGCAUGCUGCCUUCUUUUCAGCCUCAUUCUGUACACUCAUGCCUAUUCCUGCCCUGUUUCUUGGCUUCACUCUUCUGACCAAUGUUCCAGGCUACUCUAGGUAAAAUGCUGGAAUGAAGAAAGCGGCUGCGGUGUGGUCAUGGCUGCCUCCAAGCUGUACGAGCACUUCGUCCAAGAAUGCGACUACCACACCACGUCUUGUCCUAAGUGCUUGGCUGUGAUUCCCUGCAACAAUGUGUGCGCACAUCUCAGGAGUGACUGUAGCGAUCAUACAGUGUCUCGAGUGUCUGGAGCCUCGCAAGCUUCAUCCAGUGAUCCCGAAGCAAUACUGAGAGCUUUGAACUCAAGCUUAGACGUGCGAGUCGGCGAAAUGAAAGACAGGCUAGAUGAAGUCCUUAGCGAGAGUAGCGCACAAAGUGACCGACUAAAUGAGCUUUCACACUGUAUGAACACGAUCAAAGAAGCGCUGUUACAGCCAUCGGCAAGCGGAACUUGCACAGUGCAGAGUGGUGUUCUGGAAACGGCUGCUGGUGUUGCCUCCAUCACAGCAGUCAAACAAAUGUUGAUGGCACAAGGUAGCAGGCUCAACGAACUCUCUGGCAGCAUAAGUAGUCUGGGUGACACUUUAAGCAGAGCUGUGGAAGAUACAAAAAGGACUAGUCUCGAGAAGUUGGAACAAAAUAAAAAUAAUCUGUGUAUGUUUCAAGCAGAUUUUAAUGAACACAUCGCAGAAAGCGCUGAAACUUUGGGGGAAAUUUCGCAGAGACUGAGGGAGUUCAAGGAAAUUCUUCUCGUAAAAGACGUGAAGCAUGCAACAAACUUGACGACCUCUGAAACGUGUGCCACAAGUGAUGGUUCCGUCACUGCACCUAGAGAGAGAGAGGAACAAACGGAACAGCAAACACCACUCCAGCAAAGAGAACUCACGCGAGGGUCGAGCAACACUGAGCGUGGCAUUUUCAUUUUGAAAGGGUUGAAAGCAAUUAAGGAAUGUGUAAAUUUUGACGGAUUUUAUGAUUAUAAUGGUGAAAGGAUGUAUCUUUCUGGCUAUCACAUAUUGGGAGGCGUGAAGCUCGUUAAAGGUGAUGAGUCGGUCACCGUGCACUUGCGCCUUAAGCUGCUCAAAGGCGUGAACGAUGACUCGCUGGAGUGGCCAUUUUAUCGGGAAUUCAAGCUGAGCGCUUUACAUCCGUUGAGCAACCAAGAACGCUCUUGUGUAUAUCUUGCAUUUCGCAGUAUCACACACUUUGGAAAGCCAGGACCAGUUGGCAACAAGGCCUUGUUUUUCCUAGAACGCUCGUUAAGUUUGGAUGAUCUAGAACGUGAGGGAUACGUGGCGAAUGACAAGCUUCGGUUAGCGUUGGAGCUCAUUCCACUCUUUCGAGCAUAAAUGAGAGGCAUUUCAGGCAUAUUACAGGUCUUCCUGCAAUGUGCACUGCUGUCUGACAGCACUACAAUUUCCACUUACAAUCUGCCGUAGCAGCGGAUUUGUUUGUUCAGUGUUACUCUAUAUAAUAUUUUUGUACUGUUAUGCUGUAUGCUGCGUUUAAAUUCUCCUAUGCACUGUUGUUACCACUGCUGCUUUCUUCCUCAUCGUAUGCCAAUUAAAUAAAACUUU